AUGUCCAGUCCUCAGGGACUAGAAAAAUCUCAAGACUCUCAAGAUCCACAGAAGUGUUUUGCAUCAUCAGGCGCAGCAAGGAGGGUUUUAGAAACAGAAAGCAAAGAUACAUUUACCCAACUUAUGCAGUCUAAGGAAACUUUUGGGACAGGGUUUACUAUGUUUUCCUCCACUCCCCAGAAGAGCCAGUGGCUAGAUAAAUCUGAAGUUCUGUCCUCUCCAAGCCCAGCGAAAAGAAGAGCCUCCUAUGGAGAGAUCAAGGAGAACUUUGUCCACUUCAAUGAACAACUGCAGACAAAAUGCAAAGCCACUCUAGAAGACCUUAAUUAUAAGGCAACCAUUCAGAAAAAUAGCACACUUAAUGCUUACACCCAACAUCUCCAUAAGGAGAACAAUGAUCUCAGGAUAAAACUGGAGCGCUGUGAAUUUAAAUUAGCCAUGCUUAACGAUGAAGAUUUUGAGGACAACAAACCUACUGAAGAAGAAAAGGAAGAAAAGAAGAAAGAGAACGAAGGAAAGAAGAAAGAGAAUGAAGAAAAAAAGAAAGAGAAUGAAGAAAAGAAGAAAGAGAAUGAAGAAAAGAAGACAGAGAAGGAAGAAAAGAAGAAAGAAUAG